UCACACACACUCACAUACACCCACGGCAGACACGCACGCACCCGGGCGCCGAAGGGAAAGCCGCGUCUCGCCAUCCAGCCCUGCCGCCAGUCCUGUCUGGGUGCCUCAGCAAAGCGGGAAAGUGGAGGCCGGAGCAGUGACCUCUGACCCCAUGGUUAUGCGGAGCCGCCGCAUUCCUUAGCGAUCGCGGGGCCGCUGCCGUGGGUGACUGACGCAGCGCGGGCGCGUGGAACCGCCGCCGCCCCUCCCCCAUCGCUGCCCUCGCGCCGGGUCUCGCGCCUGUCGGUCCCCGUGCGCCUGCCCCUCCCCGGCCGCACCCGAGUCCUCGCGCGCGCCGCCGCCACGCGCCCCCCGCCGCCCGCCGCCCCGCGCCGCCGCCCCAGCUCGCCCCGCCCGGAGGUCCCGCGUGGAGCCGCCGCUGCCGGGGAGGAGGAGGAUGAAGGACAAACAGAAGAGGAAGAAGGAGCGCACGUGGGCCGAGGCCGCACGCCUGGUAUUAGAAAACUACUCAGAUGCUCCAAUGACACCAAAACAGAUUCUGCAGGUCAUAGAGGCAGAAGGACUAAAGGAAAUGAGAAGUGGGACAUCCCCUCUCGCAUGCCUCAAUGCUAUGCUACAUUCCAAUUCAAGAGGAGAGGGGCUGUUUUAUAAAUUGCCUGGCCGAAUCAGCCUUUUUACACUCAAGGUAAGUAAUGUAAACUUUGUUUUAGUACAGUGAUUCUCAAAAACGGUUAGUGUGCAUAAGAAUCACACUGGUAGGUUUAGAAUGUGCCCAUGAAUUUGUUUUUUUCUAAGAAGCAGUCAGGUGACACUGGUACUGUUGGUCUUAAAUUCAUUGAAAUACUCUAGUGUGAAUAGAGCAUUAGGAAUUAUUAACUCAUAUGAGCUAUUGCUUCUGUGUUUAGCUUUGCUUGUCUGCAUCUUUGUAGAUUGUAUGCAAUUGAAAAAUAAGUAUGUGUGGGGAUAAAUGCAAAUGUGCCCUUAUUAGGAUUUUGUUUAUAAUAUUGUGAAGAAAAAUUACUAGACAGCUAAAUUAAUACCUACUUUAUGGAAAAUAACUGAAAUGUGAACAUUAGUAUUUAUUAAGUGACACUAAUUACAAAGAAAGCUUAAAUAGAGCUGAAAUGAACAAGCUAAUCAUUUUUCUACCAUUUCUGAUAGUAUUUGGACCAUGGGCCUGCCAACUUUUUCUGUAAAGGCACAGAAAAUAAAUAUUUCAGGUUUUGUGGGCCUGCUGUCUCUGUCAUAACUAGUCAGCUCUGCCUCUGUAGCAGGAAAGCAGCCACAGAACACACGUAGACAAAUGGACAAGACUAUGUUCCAGUAAACAAGUGUUUAAUUUAUUUACAAAUGUUUAAUUUACAAAAAUAGGUGGUGGCCACAUUUGACCUUGGGCUCAGUUUGUUGACCCCUGAUUUAGAUGACUUGCUUACUGUAGAGAAACUGAAAAUUUAGUGCUGAUUCUUAAAUUCCUCCACAAUGUAUUUGUAAAUUGGAGUAGUUGUUAUAUAAACUUCUUCCUUUCAGUUUUGUUUACUUGGUAGACAACUAAUUAAAAAUUAAUUAAU